UGGCUGAGGAACGCACCCAAUAGUAAAAGCAGUGUGAGUGAAUGGUUUGGUAGCCGCUGCAGUAGGAGGAAGGAACGCGGUUCUACCUCUAGUUAGUCUCUUUCAGUUUCGCCAUAAAACAAUAUACCAGUGAGCCCGUUCUGAUAGCAAUCGGUGAUUUUAGUAUUAUACUAGGGUAUUAUUUGAGAUAGGAAUAUUUCGAAUAGUUACCCCCCGGAUAGAGACAGCAACCGCCAUUUUAAUCGAGUAUAACACAUUUUCGGUGACAGCGCUAGCACAACAAUGGCUCUGAAAAGAAUUCACAAGGAGUUGAAUGACUUGGCACGGGACCCACCAGCCCAGUGUUCAGCAGGACCAGUAGGAGAUGACAUGUUUCACUGGCAAGCCACGAUAAUGGGACCUAAUGACAGUCCUUAUCAGGGUGGGGUAUUCUUCCUGACUAUUCACUUUCCCACAGACUACCCCUUUAAACCGCCAAAGGUUGCGUUUACCACGAGAAUCUACCACCCAAAUAUCAACAGCAACGGCAGCAUCUGUCUGGACAUCCUGCGGUCACAGUGGUCUCCCGCCCUGACCAUCUCCAAAGUUCUCCUGUCAAUCUGCUCUCUGCUGUGCGACCCAAACCCAGACGACCCCUUAGUACCUGAGAUCGCCCGCAUCUACAAGACGGACAGGGAAAAGUACAACAGAAUAGCUCGGGAAUGGACACAAAAGUAUGCAAUGUAGUGUUGGCGUAGAAUCAUGACCAACCACCUCUACAGCUAAUGUUAGCGGAGCUUUAAAAGUAAAGAGAGAAAAAAAUGAAAAAGAUCUUGUUGGUUUCCAUUGGAGUGCUUUCUUUGAGCCACAUCUCCCCUUAACCAGAGCACCUGUAACCCCCCCCCCUUCACGACCAAUCCACCCACCUCGGCCUCUCCACCCAACUUAACCUGGCAGCCAUGGUGUACAUAUUCUCAAACUGCAGUCGUACCCCCCUUGCCCCUUGUGCUCCUUUCAUACCCACCCCACGCUCCCCUCCUUAUUCCUGGUCAUAUUCCUGAUGCAGGCUGGGCUGUUCUUCUCCCCUGCUGACGUUCCCAUAGGGCCCUGCCUAGGGCCCGACCUACACCCUCACUCCAAAUGUUCUUCAUUCUUAAAGCAUUCCAUAUCUGUAUGACUUGGGGACUGUUCCUUUCUUUUGGGGGGGGGGAGUCUGAAAUUGGGGGAUUUUUUUUUUUACUGUACCUUGUUUUCUUUCCUGAUCUCCCAGCUAUAUAGGCUUGAUUUCAGGAAAGCGUUUCACAUGUUGAGCCGGGGACACUCGUGUGUUUUGUAUAAAAUCUAGUAAGGAAUUAUUUUAAUCAUAGCAGGCUAUAAAAUGGAAAACUGUUAUGGCCUUUUUGUCUGUUUCUCUUGAAUUAUAUGAAAGGACUUGAAUUUAUCCACUCUCCCCCACUAUUGCCAUAAGCCUAGAUUGUUCCUUGCACGCACACACACACACACCCAAACUCAGUUUCUCCAAGACCACCACCUUCGUUACAUUCACAAACAUGAGGUUUUGGACCAGGUAUUUAAAGAAAGUUUUCUUAGUUUAACCUGUUUUUAUUUCCCUAUAACUCAUAGGUUGCAUUUUUGUUAUUGUUGAAAUUCGAGGCUAACAUCUUCAGGCUUGGGCUCUGGGUGCGAGGACAAAAUGCUCCUCACACAAACAAACUCUGUAUAUUAAAUUACCUGAGAGGCUCUUUGAGCUUUGUGUGUUGAUUAAACUGUGUAAUAAAAACCAUGACUCAA